AUGGACCCCCACUCUCCAUUUCCAAAGGUGGUCUCCUUCAGCUGGACUGAUUACGUGGUGUUUGCUGCCAUGCUGCUCAUCUCCAUGUCCAUUGGCAUGCUGCAGGCUUUCCGCAGCAGGACGGUACGAGAUAAGGACACCGAGGAUUUCUUCACGGGCAGCCGGAGGAUGACAGCUCUGCCUGUGGGCCUCUCCCUUUCUGCCAGCUUCAUGUCAGCCGUUCAGGUGCUGGGGGUCCCGACAGAAGCCUACCGCUAUGGGAUGAAGUUUUUCUAUAUGUGCUUGGGACAAACGAUCAACUCGGCGCUCACUGCGUACUUCUUCCUGCCAGUGUUUUAUCGGCUAAGGAUUACCAGCACCAAUCAGUACCUGAGGAUGAGGUUUGGCAAAACUACACAGACGCUGGCUGCCUUACAGUUUAUAAUGGCAACGCUCCUAUACACUGGAAUAGCGAUCUACGCUCCGGCGCUGAUUCUAAAUCAAGUGACGGGGAUUGACAUCUGGGCUUCUCUGCUUUCCACUGGUUUAAUCUGCACUUUCUACACCACUCUGGGAGGAAUGAGAGCUGUGAUCUGGACAGAUGUAUUCCAAGUCAUUGUCAUGAUUUCUGGAUUUUUGGCCAUCAUGAUCAGGGGGACCAUUCUAGUGGGUGGACCGUCUACAGUGCUGGAGACUGCAAGGAAUGGAUCAAGAAUCAACUUUGGAGAUUUCAGCUUCGACGUGCAAAGGCGCUAUACAUUCUGGACUUUUGUGUUUGGAGGUUCCGUGCUGUGGCUCUCCAUGUAUGGAGUGAACCAGUCCCAAGUACAGCGAUAUGUUGCCUGCAAGACAGAAGGAGAGGCGCAGCGGGCUCUGUUUGUGAACCAGCUGGGGUUGUGCACCAUUGUGGGCAGUGCAGUCAUUUGUGGAAUUGUCAUGUUUGCCCUGUAUACAAAGUGUGACCCUCUAAAGCUGGGCCUGAUCACCGCACCUGACCAGUACAUCCCGUUUAUGGUAAUGGACAUCUUUGCCAACUACCCUGGAGUCCCUGGACUCUUUUUGGCGAGUGCCUACAGCGGAACCCUAAGCACAGCAUCCACCAGCAUCAACGCCAUGGCGGCCGUAACCAUCGAGGACUUCUUGAAACCCCGGCUGAUAGGCAGCUCACAAAAUAAGUCCAUGCUUUUCACCAGGGGACUCUCUUUCCUCUACGGCACAGCGUGCCUCACAGUCGCAGCUCUGUCCUCUCUGAUGGGUGGCGGUGUGCUUCAGGGUUCACUCAGUAUCAUGGGAGUGAUCAGCGGACCUCUUCUUGGUGUCUUUAUCCUUGGCAUGUUUGUCCCUGCAGCCAAUGUCAAGGGCGCCCAUGUUGGACUAGCUGCCGGACUGGGGAUUUCCCUGUGGGUUGCAGUCGGUGCCAGCUUGUAUCCUCCUGGGGCAGAACUCAUGGGCGUGCUGCCCAGCUCUGACGAGCAGUGUCCAGUCCUGAAAGUGACCAACCUCACCCGUGACCUUGCCCUGCACCCCACAGCCUCUCCAUCUCCUAAUAAUCUCUCUCUUCACGGCAAAGGCUGCGUCAAAGAGUUUUAUUCAAUCUCCUACCUCUACUAUGGGACACUGGGGACAACUACGGUGCUGGUGGUUGGGCUUCUCGUCAGCCUUCUCUCAGGACCAACCCAGAGGAGUUCAAUCACCCCUGGACUUCUAUGGUGGGAUUUGUGUGGCAAGAGUUCAACAGCACCACCACUGGCCAAAGAGUACAGAUGCCCUACGAUUUCUGCCCCAAACGUGGAAGAUUCCCAGGAGCUCCUGGAGGCUGCGUCUCCACAACAUGAGGCCAAGCUUCUUAACCUUGAACCUGUGCUAAAAGAGAGCAAAGUGUAG